AUGUGCACUCUCGCCACCCUGCCCCAGGAGGUGCUUGAGCACGUCGCGUUCUACACUGGAACCCUCUCGUUCGGUGGACCACCUGCAGACGUGUUACCCUUGCUGGUUGCAAACCGUUCCUUUUACGCCGCCCUCUCGAUCACCUCGAAUCCUCAUCUCUGGACACGUAUUUUCGCAUGCAAGUUCGAUCUGUCUCCUGUGCUCCGCCGUCUCGGACAGGAAAACGUCACUCCUACUGUCGUGGCGCACGAGUUCAAACGACGAUGCGAGAUCAUGAAGCGCAUUCGCACACGUGAGGGCACCCUAGCCAACGUUGUUGACGUCGACCAUAACACAGUGAAGGAGAUGUUAUCCACUGCGUAUGUAAUGAUGCUGGAGAAUGACGGGAAAAACGAGAGGCAGCUGCGCGAGUAUGCGCGGAUAGAGGAGUGGCUCAAGCAGUUCCUGUGUCAUCCGGACGGUGCGUCGCUCAUCCGCCAAUUGGUCAUACGCGACCGCUGGCCCGAUACAAAAGACGAGCGAAUGAUUCUGGCGAUGUGGCUUAUCUGGAUGUUGCUAAGGCCCGUUGAGUACAUGAGCGAUGAGAACGCUUUCCAUGUCGCGAUUGAUGUCGUGCUCAAGCUGGUUGCCCUUGGCGCGCAUCAGUAUGUCUUGUGCACGCCAUCAUGGACAGAUUUCCUCCCUCCAUAUCCGAUCGAGACCGGUACCUCGAUUCCUUACUUUGGUACAGAGCUGCGGCUCACCCCUCCGGCACCCGCGGCGCCUGCUAUCCUCGCCUACCUCACGCUACGCAACCUUUUACCCGUCUCAUGGGACAUGAUCAAUUACCUGAAGCGGCCAGACCCGACUGUACCGAGCGUCGCCGGUUGCACAAGCACGGAGUGGGAUGCAGAAUGGGCGCGCGCAGUGCAUAUAGUGGGUGCGACGAAACUAGUUUUGCCUACGCUGCCGGGUGCGUUCAUCCCGGGCAGUCUAGAAGGGUCAUGGGAAGGUUUGUUCACGUACACCGAAUUCACUGCGUAUGCCGCGCUACUAUCUGGCGCCUCGCCCUCCGUUCUCGAGCGGAGCCUUGUUGCACAGCACCCACAAUUGUGGAAGCUGCGAGAAUAUUACCUAUAUGCGGAAGACGACGAGCCGGACAGCGCCGGCGAAUGUGCUAUGUCCGUGGACGCGCGCAUGCCGCUGUCGCCGGGCAAUCCUUUACGGGCAUAUAUCCCUGCCAAUACGGAAUUGCGUGAGACCGCGGAGGGACUCGAGGUGCUGGAGCCUGGACGGGCGCCACAGCGAUAUGAGAGCUGGGCGCGAGCAAGCAAGCGCGAGGGGACGCGGCGAGUACGGGAUAUGAUCCUCAAGGGCGAGGGGCAUUCUGCGUGGGGGCAAUUCAGUCUGCUUGGGCGAGUCCGACCCUGUGAUGGGUUCAUUAGUCUGUCGAAGGACUAUAUGAACGGCGACCGUGGACGGUGGCUAUACCGGUGCUAUAUGGUCGGGAAUACGCAUGGGAAUCUGUCCGGCCGCUGGCGAGAUACGUUGAGUCCUACGGACGUGCCUGGCUACGAGGGGUGUUUCUUGAUGAGUCGGCGGAAGUGA